CUUCCUUCCUUUGCCAAACGAGGCCUUAGGAUGUUCAACGCUUUUCUGUUGAACACACAUUUGCAGAGCUUUGGAGUACGGUGAGUCAGUUGAGGUGGAUUUCAGGAAAAAGAGAAGCCAAAAAGUUGCGAUAAAUUUUCCUUCAGAAUUUGUCACUCCUCCAACACCAACGCAUUGAUGCCAUUUCCGGUGUUUUUGGAUGCAUGGAAUGCUCAACAAGUCAACAGUGACAAAACAACUUAUUUUCUAGUGUCAAAACUAAAGGUGUGACUAAAUCAUUAUAUUGAGUUAUAUCCAGAUAGACAUUACCAGAAGGUUGAGAUUUCCCAUUCCAAAAUCACCUUGUGGUGUGAAUAGUGAGCAAGAAAUUCUCGUGUAAAAAAUGUGGAAGUCUUUAGUUGGAGAUGAUGAAGAGCAAGGGGAGAGCUUGUUGGGUGAGGAUUCAGGUGGCCUCUGCUCCCUCUCUCCAACACAGAGAAUUUACGGAUUUGCAGCUUGUUUGAUUGCUGGUCUUGCUUGCAUGUUACUGUCAAUGAUUGUUUUUGCCAAACCCAUCAAAUUUGCAUUAUUAUUCACCUUUGGAAACGUAUUAGCAGUGGGAAGCACAGCCUUUCUUCUUGGACCUGCACAACAACUCGGAAUGAUGUUUGAUACUGCUCGUGUUUUUGCAACAGCCAUAUACAUCGGAUGUGUGGUUAUAGCACUCAUAUGUGCGCUCUUGAUUCAUGACAAGUUGUUGACUAUAAUUGCUAUCAUAAUUGAGAUUGGUGCUCUUAUUUGGUACAGCUUAAGCUACAUACCUUUUGCUCGUAGAAUGGUUUCUGAGUUGAUGAUUCGAUUAUGCGACACAGAACUUUGAAAAAAGAAAGAAAAGAAAAAUGCAACUGAUGCUGAUGCUGUGGAUUUGGUUGUUUGUUCUAAUAUAUAGAUUAAUUUGUAAUUCAAUUAAAAUGAUUGAUUGAUUGUGAGCUUCAUAAGUUUCUUAUAACAUAGUUUCAUUAGUUUGUGCUUAUGAAACGUCAUUUUGAGCAAUGACGAGUGUUGCAAUUAUUUUCCCCAAAUCAUCUACAUUCACUAGAAACAAUAUAAGAAUGUGAUGUAAAUCAAAUUUUAUUUUAUUUUUUUGCAAGGUAAGUCUGAAACAAACCACUUGCAGGGUUUAAUUCCAAAAACUGAACUCUGGACGGUAAGUCUCUAAUCGUAACCAAUUAAACACCCAAUGGGAGCCUCCAUUGGCAUUAGGACAAAAAGUGGUUGGUAUAAACUUUAAUUAUACAAGUACCUAGAGAAUUGGUUUUGUGAAAGCCUUCUU